AUGACCGGCACGCAUUCAAAGGACUGGAAAGAAGAGGCCGCCAAGUACACAUUGGGCGGUGCUGGCGUUGGUCUCUUUAUCAGCGCUUUCCAGACCGCCUACGGCUCCUCGGCCAACAAGGGCGCUCUGAGCGUAUUCACCCAGCACGGCAGCACCAUUGGGUUCAUGGCUGCCAUGGGCGGUGUUUUUGCCGGUGUCGAUGCUGCGUCCGCGCAGAUCCGCGGCAAGGAGGACUUCGUCAACUCGGCUGUCGCCGGAUGUGCCGCCGGCAUGAUUGCCGGUAUUCGGAAGCGCUCGAUCCCCGCCGGUAUUGGCGGCUGCCUGUUCUUCGGUACCACCAUGGGCACCUUUGAGUACUCGGGCGGCUUCGAGGGCAAGAUGAAGGGCAUGACUCGCGAGCAGCGUGACGAGUACCGUAGCGGCCUGUUUGCCUCUGUGGAGGACCUGAAGAAGUCGCAGGCCUAA